AUGGCAGACGUCUUCCUCUGCUUUCUUUCUCGUUGUCGAACCUGCUGCACUUCUCUCACACCCAAGCACACCUACUUGGAAUACUUGAUCAUCUUCNCCUAUCCAUCUGACGGCAACUCCAUCUGCAUCAUACCCAUCCAACUCAAGAUCUCAAACNGCACACCUUGCACCGUUCUCGACGUCGCUGUCUUCUCUAACAACUCAACCAUCACCACCAUCAUCGAAAUCAACAUGACUGCCCCUGCCCGCGAGCAGUUCAUGGUCGGUGUCAACAGCACUGGCCCCGAUGGUAGACCUCUUCCUGCUGGCGCCGCUGCUGCAGCCAGAAUGACCGCUGCUGAGAAGGAGGCCGCCAGAAAGGCCGACGACGAGACCUUCUCGAUUGCCUCUGCUGCCAUGAAGCAGGCUGAGCGCGAGGAGGAGCUCGACAAGAAGGAGCAGAAGAAGGGCGACCACAAGUCCCUUAUCCGUCGUCUCUUCGGUUCCGCUGGCGACAAAGUCGUUGCCCUCUUCAAGCGCGAGCAGCACAAGAUGAACUAA